AUGAUUCAUUCUUACUUUGACUUCUUCCAUAACAUACGUUUGUCAUGUAACUUUGACUUCUGCCUUACCACCAAAUUCUCCUAUCUUAAAUUUGACUUCUUUCAAUCAUUCUCUUACUUUUGCCUUCAUUCUUAUCUUAAUUUGAUUUUUUACAUUGCCUUCGUCAUUACUUCAUCCUCCUCAUAUUACAUUGCCUUCUUCAUUACCACAUCCUCCUCAUCUUACUUUGCCUUCUUCAUUAGCACAUCCUCCUCAUCUUACUUUGCCUUCUUCAUUACCACAUCCUCAUCAUCUUACUUUGCCUUCUCUCUUACCACAUUCUCAUCAUCCACAUCCUCUUUGACUUUUUGCCUUCUUCAUUACCACAUUGCCUUCCCCCUCUAUCCAUCUUAUUUUGCCUUCCACAUCCUCCUUGUCUUACUUUGCCUUCUUCCACAUCCUCCUUGUCAUACAUCCUUCUCCUCAUCCUCUAUGUUACUUUUUGCCUUCUUCAUUACCACAUCCCAUUUGUCUUACUUUGCCUUCAUCUUACUUUGCCUUCUCCCUUACCACAUCCUCUUCAUGUUACUUUUGCAUUACCACAUCCUCCUUGUCUUUUUUGCCUUCUCCAUUACCACAUCUUCCUUUUCUCUCAUCUAUUACCACAUCCUCAUCAUCUUACUUUGCCUAAUUCAUUACCCUUCUUCCUUACAUCCUCAUUUGACUUACUUUGCCUUCUUCCUUACCACACAUCCUCCCUUGUCAUACCUUAUUGUCCUUCUCCCUUAUCACAUCCAUCCUCUUCAUACCACAUUAUCUUUGCCUUCUUCAUUACCAUCAUCCUACUUGUCUUACUUUGCCUUCUUCAUUACCACAUCCUCCUUGUCAUCCUUCCCUUACCACAUCCUUUCAUGUUACUUUGCCUUCUUCCCUUACCACAUCCUCUUCAUGUUUUACUUUGCCUUCUUCAUUACCACAUCCUCCUUGUCUUACUUUGCCUUCUUCCUCCACAUCCUCCUCAUCUUCCUUUGCCUUCUCUCUCAUUUUCUUCAUUACCACAUCUCCUCCUUGUUACUUUGCCUUUGCUUCAUUUACCACAUCCUCCUCCUUGUCUUACUUUUGCCUUCUUCAUUAGCACAUCCUCCUUGUCAUCCUUGUCAUCUUAUAUUACUUUGCCUCUUCAUUACCACAUCUUCCUUGUCUUACUUUGCCUUCUUCAUUACCACAUCCUCCUUGUUAUACUUUUGCCUUCAUUACUUCAUUAUUACCACAUCAUCCUUGUUAUUUUACUUUUCAUUACCACAUCCUCCUUUGACUUACUUUGCCCUUCUUCCUUACCACAUCCUCCUUGAUUUACUUUGCACUUUUGUUCACCUCUCUCAUAUUACCUCCUCAUUUUACUUUAUACUUUGCCUUCUUCAUUACCACAUCCUCAUUUUUUGGCCUUCUUCAUUACCACAUCCUCCUCAUUAUACUUUGCCUACUUCAUUACCACACAUCCUCCUUGAGUUACUUUGCCUUCUUCAUUACACAUCCUCCUUGUCAUACAUUGACAUCUUCCUUACCUGCUUGUCUUCAUUACUUUUCCACAUCCUCCUAGUCUUACUUUUGCCUUCUUCCUUACCACAUCCUCCUUGUUAUAUUACUUUACAUCUUCCUUGUUAUACUUUGCCUCCUCCUUCAUUUGCCUUUCUCCAUAAUCCUUCAUUGUUACCACAUCCUUCUUGUUAUACUUUUUGCCUUCUUCCUUACCACAUCCUCCUCCUCUUGUCUUACUUUGCCUUCUGCCUUACUACACAUCCUCCCAUCAUUUGCCUUUUCUUCAUCCUCCUUGUUUUACUACUUUGCCUUCUUCAUUACCAUAUACAUCCUCCUUCAUCUUACUUUUGCCUAAUUCAUUUACCACAUCCCUCUUAUUUGCUUACCACAUACUUUGUCUUACUUUGCCUUCUUCAUUACCACAUCCUCCUUGUCAUCUUGCAUUGCCUUCUCAUUUACCUUCUCAUGUUACCCUUUUCAUUACCACAUCCUCUUUGUUACUUUUGCCUUCUUCAUUACCACACAUCCUCCCUUACAUCUUACUUUGCCUUCUCUCUUACCACACAUCCUCCUCAUCUUGACUUUACCUUCUUCCUUACCAUCCUCCUUAUUGAUCCUCUCUUCAUUUUACAUUGCCUUCUCUCUUUCCACAUCCUCCUCAUCUUACUUUGCCUUCUUCUUACCACAUCCUCUUGCUUUGACUUACUUUUGCCUUCUUCAUUACCACAUCCUCCUUGUCAUACAUUGCCUUCUCCCAUACUUCUUCUUCAUGUUACCUUCUUCAUUACCACAUCUUCCUUGUCCCCUACUUUUUUCUUUUCACAUCCUCCUUGUCAUACAUUGCCUUCUCCCUUACCUAUCCUCUUCAUAUUACUUUGCCUCCUUCAUUACCACAUCUUCCUUGUCUUACUUUGCCUUCUUCAUUACCACAUCCUCCUUGUUAUACUUUGGCUUCUUCAUUACCACAUCCUCCUUGUCUUAC